AUACUAGUCAUCAUACCCAUGGCUUUGGGGUUAUUUCUCUGAACAGUUUUCAAGUGCCUUUUGCCCUUCUCCUUCCUUCCAUCUGAUACACAUCCCCAUGGCAUUUGUUGGCUGUCUUUACGUAAUGUUCACUUCCUUUUUCCCAGGAUUGGUCAUGUCUGAUGGUCAGGAAUGGAAGGAGCAAAGGAGGUUCACGCUGACAACACUGAGGAACUUCGGUUUAGGAAAGAAGAGCUUAGAGGAACGCAUUCAGGAAGAGGCCCGCUACCUCACCCAGGCAAUAGGAGAGGAGGACGGACAGCCUUUUGACCCAAACUUGAAAAUCAAGAAUGCAGUUUCCAAUAUUAUUUGCUCCAUCACAUUUGGGGAGCGUUUUGACUACCAGGAUGAUCAGUUCCAGGAGCUGCUGAGGCUGUUGGAUGAGUUCAUGAGUCUGCAGACAUCAAUAUGCUGCCAGUUUUACAAUAUCUUUCCACGGAUAAUGAACUUCCUCCCUGGACCCCACCAAAGGCUUUUUCGUAACUGGGAGAAACUGAAAAUGUUUGUUGCCCAUGUGAUUGAAAACCACAAGAGAGACUGGAAUCCUGCUGAAGCAAGAGACUUCAUUGAUGCUUACCUCCAGGAAAUAGAGAAGGUGAGGAAUCCAGAGUUGUUUCUGGAAUUCUGUUCUAAUAAUAGGACUUUCUCUGCUUUUUCAGAAAAAGUUCAGGCUGAGAUCGACAGGGUGCUUGGCCAGUGGCAGCAGCCGAGCACGGCAGCUCGGGAGUCCAUGCCCUACACCAACGCUGUCAUCCACGAGGUGCAGAGGAUGGGCAACAUCAUCCCCCUGAACGUGCCCAGGGAGGUGACAGUGGACACCACGCUGGCUGGAUACCACCUGCCCAAGGUAACGAGGGCCUCCCUCGUGGCCUCAGAUCUCCACGCUCACCUUUUUAAAUGGUGGGACUCUCACCUGGGACAGUGACUUGGAUUUUUGUCCUACGGGAUCACUUAAAUGGGGACAGAGAUACUACACUCAUGCUAGUUUCUUUUGUCUGUGUGUUGUCUCUAGAACAUCAGUUCGGGUAGAUAAUAAUAUAUAUUAUGGAGAAGAAGGGGGUUCCUAGGUCAAAUGUGUGUAGGCAAAGCCUGGCUUUCCUUCGCUGUGAGAUUUCUCAGUGUUUUGACUGUGUGAUGUGCACUGUGAUUCUCUGUGGGGAGACAGCAAGCAGCGGUUCUCAGUCAGACUUUGACACGAGGUCCUUUCUUUGCCUUGGUAGAGCUUCUCACAGGACUAGGGACCUCCCAGACUAACUUUGGAAAAUUUGGCUUCACAAUCUUGGGAUUAGAGAAUAUUGAAACAUGAAGGGACAUUUGAGACCAUGUGAACCAACGUCACGUUCAUGCUGGUGUUUCUAGCAUAAUAUCCACACAGGUACUUUUCCAG